AUGCGAACAUUAUGUUUCCAUUCUGUAAUGAAGCAGGAGAUCAAGUGGUUCGAUACCCAUCCGAGUGGUGAAGUGACAACCAGAUUAAAUGAUGAUGUUAACAAGAUCAAAGGCGGUAUCGGCGACAAACUUGGUCACUUUGUACAGUUUUUCUCAACAUUCGUAGCUGGUUUUAUAGUUGGUUUGGUCUACGGAUGGGAGUUGACGUUAGUGUUACUCUGUGUAACACCAUUUUUGGCAGUAUGUGCCUCCAUAAUGGUCAGAUUGAUGACCAGAGCCACGAAUUUAGAAUUGGAUGCAUAUGCGAAGGCUGGUGCCGUGGCUGAAGAAGUUUUAUCGGCGAUUCGUACAGUGGCAGCAUUUGGGGGAGAACCGAAGGAAGCCGAGAGAUAUGGCGAGAACCUAAAGUUAGCCAAACAUUCUGGAGUAAGGAAAGGUUUAAUUCAAGGUGCUGGCAUGGGUGCCACUAUGACCAUCUUGUUUACUGCGUAUGGUAUAGGAUUCUGGGUCGGAGCAAACCUUGUGAUCACAAAUGAAAAAUAUACAGUUGGAACGGUAUUAAUUGUUUUCUUCUCGGUACUAAUGGGGGCGUUUUCACUGGGUAACGCUGCUCCAGCCAUCGGUGAUAUGUCCACUGCACGUGGUGCUGCAAGAACUAUAUGGGACAUAAUCGAUUUAAUACCUUUUAUUGAUAGUAGCAGUAAAGGCGGUACGACUCCAAACAUAUCAGGAAAUGUACGACUUGAAGACGUAGAAUUUGAAUAUCCAUCUCGAGCAGAUGUAAAGGUUCUCAAAGGCGUUAGUUUGACCAUAGAUGUUGGUCAAACGGUGGCACUGGUUGGGUCAAGUGGAAGUGGUAAGAGCACUGCAGUUCAAUUAAUACAGAGGUUCUAUGAUGUAGCCAAAGGAUGUCGUUAUGACACACUUGUUGGUGAAAGAGGAGCUGCUUUGUCUGGUGGACAAAAACAGAGAAUAGCUAUUGCCAGGGCAUUGGUCAGGGAUCCUAAAAUAUUGUUAUUAGAUGAAGCGACUUCAGCACUUGAUACAGAAAGUGAAGCAACUGUACAAGUUGCAUUGGAUAAGGCCAGUGUAGGAAGAACUACUUUGGUGAUUGCCCAUAGUUUGUCUAGCAUAUUGUUCAUAUACUAUUAUCUCACCAUAGGCCAGUACAUAGACGAGAAAAUUAUAAAACGCAAGAGGGCGGGCUCCAGCCUUAGUCGUUCAGGAUCAGACAGCGCGUCAAUAAGAAAACGCAAACGAACUUCGUCCUUCAAUUCCAACGCUUCUGAUAAAAGCGAUGAUUCAGACGAGGAAGAAGUAGACAUCCCGGACGUGAGCAUGAAACGGAUUUUGAAAAUGAACGCUCCAGAGUGGCCUUAUAUAUUAUGUGGCACGCUUGCAGCUGCCGUCAACGGUGCUUGCCAGCCCGUAUUUGCUGUUAUUUUUAGUAAAAUCGUAGCAGUCUUCGCACUGCCCGAUGACGAGAUAUUGGACGCGGCUGCACCAUACUGUGUUGCAUUUGUAAUCAUUGGUGUAAUCCAAGGCCUAGGAUACCUCAUUCAGAAUACAAUGUUUGGCAAAUCUGGCGAAGAAUUGACGAUGCGCCUGAGAUACUUGACGUUUACCACCAUGUUACACCAGGAAAUUGGUUGGUUUGAUCGACAUACAAACAGCACAGGGGCACUUACGACCAAACUUGCAUCUGAAGCAUCUUUAGUACAAGGGGUUGCUUCAGAAGGCGUCGAUAAUAUAAGGACUGUGGCUUCGCUGACAAGAGAAGAACGCUUCUGCCGAAUCUAUUCCGAUCUCCUAUAUGCACCAUACAAACUAGGUUUGAAAAAUGCCCAUAUCUAUGGCGUCACGUACGGCUUUUCACAGGCGAUUAUGUUCUUUGUUAUGGCAGCUGCUUUCCGAUUUGGUGCAUUCAUGAUGGAGAUCGGUGAAAUGACAUUUGAAGAAGUCUUCUUGGUAUUUGCUGUGAUGGUUUUCGGUGCAAUGGCUGUGGGUCAGACGACUUCAUUCGCCCCUGAUGCAGCCAAGGCUAGAGUUGCUGCCAAUCAAAUUUUCUACUUUACUGGACAGGGAAUCGGAAUCGAUAGUGGAAGUACAGAGGGACUAAAACCAGUCCGAUGCAUUUCCGAAUUAGAACUGCAUGAUGUUCGUUUCCGGUACCCAACCAGACCAGACGUACCAGUGCUUAGAGGGAGUGAUCUUAAAGUAAACCCCGGACAACGUGUAGCGUUGGUAGGUAGCAGCGGUUGUGGGAAGAGUACGGUUGUGCAACUUACGGAAAGAUUCUACGAUACUAUUGCUGGCAGUGUGACACUUGAUGGUAAUGAUCUCAAAGAUUUAAAUAUCCAGUGGUUGCGACAACAGUUAGGAAUCGUUUCACAAGAACCAAUAUUGUUUGACCGUACAAUUAAAGAUAACAUCGCAUACGGUGAUAACUCCAGAGAAGUGCCCAUGAAUGAAAUAAUACAAGCUGCAAAAGAUGCAAAUAUACAUGCCUUUGUACAGUCACUGCCAUUGGGUUACGAUACGAGAGUUGGUGAUAAAGGUGCCCAGCUCUCAGGAGGUCAAAAACAAAGAGUAGCUAUUGCAAGAGCUCUUGUGAGGAACCCAAAGAUACUGUUAUUAGACGAAGCAACAUCUGCUCUGGACACUGAAAGCGAAAAGGUUGUACAGGACGCAUUGGACAGAGCCAGUGAAGGAAGGACAUGUAUUGUAAUCGCUCAUCGUCUAUCAACGAUUCAAGAUGCUGAUAAGAUUGUGGUUAUACAGAAUGGAAAGAUUGUUGAAGAAGGGAAACACGACGAUUUAUUGAGCAGACAGGAAGUGUAUUAUCGUCUCAAUAAUGCCCAACUCGUAGCCUCAAAUACAACAGAAAAAAAGAGUCUUUGAUUGUGUAUCAAUAUAUUUAAGAACUAUGUGGAUAUAUCUUGUUAACUAUUAAUCGAUAAACAGGAAGUUUGUUUGUUCAUAU